AGGGUUGCUUGGUGGCUGUCAAUUUCCCCCGUGGUCCGAGUAGAUAGCUACAUUUUCUGGGGUGGCGGCUGCUACGACAGCGGAGAGAUGAGGCAGAAGCGCAAAGGAGAUCUCAGCCCUGCUCAGCUAAUGAUGCUGACCAUAGGAGAUGUUAUUAAACAACUAAUUGAAGCUCACGAACAGGGGAAAGACAUCGAUCUAAAUAAGGUGAAGACCAGGACAGCUGCCAAAUAUGGGCUCUCGGCACAGCCCCGCCUGGUGGACAUCAUCGCUGCGGUCCCGCCUCAGCAUCGGAAGGUCUUGGUCCCCAAGCUCAAGGCGAAACCCAUCAGAACUGCCAGUGGGAUUGCUGUUGUGGCUGUCAUGUGCAAACCCCACAGAUGUCCACACAUCAAUUUUACAGGAAAUAUAUGUGUGUACUGCCCUGGCGGACCUGAUUCAGAUUUUGAAUAUUCCACCCAGUCUUACACUGGAUAUGAGCCAACCUCCAUGCGAGCUAUCCGUGCCAGAUAUGACCCUUACCUGCAGACAAGACACCGGAUAGAACAGUUAAAACAACUUGGUCACAGUGUGGAUAAAGUGGAAUUUAUCGUGAUGGGUGGAACAUUUAUGGCCCUUCCAGAAGAAUACAGAGAUUAUUUUAUUCGAAAUUUACAUGAUGCCUUAUCAGGACAUACCUCCAACAAUAUUUAUGAGGCCGUCAAGUAUUCUGAGAGAAGCCUCACAAAGUGCAUCGGAAUUACUAUUGAGACCAGACCAGAUUACUGCAUGAAGCGGCAUCUCAGUGACAUGUUGACCUAUGGCUGCACAAGGCUGGAGAUUGGGGUGCAGAGUGUCUAUGAGGAUGUGGCCAGAGAUACCAACCGGGGCCACACUGUGAAGGCAGUGUGCGAGUCCUUCCACCUGGCCAAAGAUUCUGGCUUCAAAGUGGUGGCUCACAUGAUGCCUGAUCUGCCGAACGUGGGGCUGGAGAGAGACAUUGAACAGUUUACAGAGUUUUUCGAGAACCCAGCUUUCCGUCCUGACGGUUUGAAACUCUACCCGACCCUGGUGAUUCGUGGGACAGGGCUCUAUGAGCUGUGGAAGUCAGGAAGAUACAAGAGUUACUCCCCGAGCGACCUGAUCGAAUUGGUAGCCCGGAUCCUGGCCCUCGUGCCCCCGUGGACUCGGGUGUACCGCGUGCAGAGAGAUAUUCCAAUGCCAUUAGUCAGCUCAGGAGUGGAGCACGGAAACUUGAGAGAGCUGGCGUUUGCAAGAAUGAAAGACCUUGGAAUACAGUGUCGUGAUGUGAGAACCAGAGAGGUUGGAAUCCAAGAAAUUCAUCACAAAGUCCGGCCAUACCAGGUUGAAUUGGUGAGAAGAGAUUAUGUUGCAAAUGGAGGCUGGGAAACCUUCCUGUCAUACGAAGACCCAGAUCAGGACAUCUUGAUUGGCCUCUUGCGAUUACGGAAGUGUUCAGAGGAGACAUUCCGUUUUGAAUUGGUUGGGGGUGUGUCCAUAGUCCGAGAGCUGCAUGUGUACGGAAGUGUGGUCCCUGUAAGCAGUCGGGAUCCCACUAAAUUUCAGCAUCAGGGCUUUGGCAUGCUGCUGAUGGAGGAAGCAGAACGAAUAGCCAGAGAAGAACAUGGAUCUGGGAAAAUAGCUGUUAUAUCAGGGGUCGGCACCAGGAACUAUUACAGAAAGAUUGGCUACAGAUUGCAAGGUCCAUACAUGGUAAAGACGCUAGAGUAACACCACACCAGUCCACCUUGAGGCAUCUUCUCCCUGGCAGGAAAUGGAUCCAGGAUGUCUUGAAAACUCAGCACACAAGCUGAGCAAAGCAAACGGACCUCCCUGAGCCCCUGGCGGGAGGCUCCCCCUCGCCCUGGAGCCUGGAAACCUUGCUUAGGGCUGGGUCAGGCUUCUGCUGACCAAGCCCAUGGAACCUGGACACUCAGAGCCCCCCCAACACCACCCGCUCCUGCAUGUUCUCAAGACGUCACCUGUUUUCGAGGCUUAACUCCUGUAUCUAGUUUCUCGGUUUUGCAUGAGACUUGCAAGUGACCUAACCGUGACUCAGGCAGAGAGACAAAAAGCAAGUUAAUCAGCUCAUUUGGACACCACGAUUCAUGAACUAAAACUGGCUAUGUCACUUAGGAGUAAACUUAGGGGUAGGUUAUUUAUAUAGAGUAUAGACAAAGAGUCGUGUUGGGAUCAUGUGAAAACUGUCAGACGUUGAUCUCUGUUCUGUUACUAUAAUAUGUACUCAUUCCAGCACUAGUUUAAAAAAUGAGCUUUCGUUUUAAUGGCAGUCAUUGUGGUUCCUGCGCUGCUGUUUGAAAUAACUGUGAUGGGGAGAGAACAGGUGAGGGUUCCAGCUUGAAACCAGCCUUUCUCAGUUCACAGGCUACCGUCGACAAAGGGCCAUUACAGACAUCCAUUUAUUUCAGGAUUUUUAUUGCCUGUACUUCCCACACACUUGACAACUGCAAAACACCAUGGGUGGCACUUCCACGCAGAGAAGCGUUUGGCGUCCCUGUUGGUCCGUCCUGAGCAGGCAGUCUGCCGCACACAUGUCUGAGCUUGUGUGUCCCUAAGUCAAGACACACAGACACAGCCAUUCUUCCCUGCAUUUUAAUUCUUCCAGUUUUAAAUGGAGAAAAGUCAGAGUUAAACUCAUAUAUGAAAGUAAAAAAAAAAAAAACACUGGAAACAGGCCCAAAUCUAAAAAUGGGAGAAAGAUUGGUUUUUUCAAAGCAUCGUCUUCUGGGACUGCCUCUCUGUGACUUCCAGGUAAGCUGUUAUUAAGGAGACUCAGCCUGGAGAGGGUCUGUUCUUAAGAGCAUGGCUUAACCUGCAUCCCUGGGAUUCGGUGGCAUUUUACAAAA